AUGGCACCACCAAAGAAAGAUGCCGCCACAAAAGGUACUCAACAACCAACUCCUCAACAAGAAGAAGAAUCCGAGGAGACAUCAACCCUAUCAACCUUAGCUUCUCAAAUCCAACUUCCUGUCACUCAAGUUGGUAAUAUAGGAAAGGAAAUAGGUGACAUAAAGAUUUCAAAAGCUGAAUUUGCUCAAAAGCAAGACACCUUGGCCGAGAGACAGGAAAGAAUGGGAGCUCAAAUGACAGACCUUAAAGGUGAGCACGGUACUUUGGCUUCUAACUUUGCUACUUUUCAGGAACAGAUGCAAAAUGUUCAAGAUGAAGUAAGAAGCACUGUAAGGCAGCCACAUCCACCACCACCACCACCAUUUAGACCCCUGAGGCCAAAUAGCCCACCGGUUGAGUUGUCUACGGAGGAUGAAAGAUCCGAGCCUCCAUCACCUCCAAGAAGAAUUAGACCGAGGAGAAGGGAUGAUGAACCAGAGAAAGGGAAGCUAAAGCAUGAUCUCCCAAAGUUCUUUGGCACAUCAGAACCGGAUAAAUACUUGGAGUGGGAGAUGAACGUGGACAAGGUGUUCAAUAUGCAUUACUAUGCCGAGGACUAUAAGGUAAACGCCGCCAUUUCUCAAUUUCGUUUAAAUGCUAACACUUGGUGGCUUGAUGUUAACAGAAGAAGGCGUAGAGAUGGUGAUCCAGAGAUUGUAACUUGGUUACAAUUGAAGAGAUUAAUGAGGCAAAAUUUUGUGCGCAAAUCAUAUCAGAAACAGUUGAGAAAUGAACUACAAGAUCUAAGGCAAGGUUCUCGUACUGUUUGGGACUUUUAUUGGGAAUUAGUUUCUUUGCGUACUAAAUUACAGUUAGAUGAGUCUGAUGAGUCUAUGGAGGCACGAUUCAUUCGAGGAUUGAAUCGCAAUUUGAGGGAUUCAGUGGAGUUACAUGCUUUGAAGGUACAAUCCCUUGAAGAAUUGGUUGAAUAUGCUGACACUUUGGAGAAGCAAACCAAAACCCGUGAAUCAAGGGCUGUCCCUACAUCUUCUAGGCCCUAUUCCGGAUCUACAUCAACCAAACCAAGCCCUCAAUCAAGCCAAAUGAGGCCUGCCCCUACUCGGACUCCAUUUCAGCCGAGAAGACCUCCCAUAACAUCAACCGGAUUUCCUCCAAAACCGGUUGCAAAAGCACCUCCACCUAAGAGAAUGAAGAAUUACCUACUAACAUGGAGUUUGAGGUUGAAGAAGAAGAUGAGGAGAUAG